CAGAUUUAAAGUAAUAUCCAUCCUACGUAAAUGAUUCCUACUACUCAACUGAACCGAUCUAACCUAACAAAUUAUCCUACCCAUCCAUACAAUUCCUCCCAACCUACCACAACCACAUUCCAAAUUUAAUACCACCACCUCAAAUCCAUACAACCAUAUCAAGCCUACAUCAACAUACAACCCAAACCACAUAACCCUUCCAACCCCAAAAUGUCCCCCCCAAUAAAAUCCCAAAUCCUCCAAAGAACCCACACCUUCCUAAGCAACCUCACAACCCAAAGCCCACUAACACCCACCCUCCUCGCCAACUUCUCGGGAGACAUCCGCAUCCACGAGCACGGCCUCCCGGCCCUGGCCCCCUUCCUGGGCCGCGAUUACGUCGGCCUGGCCGCCGCCAAGGAGUACUUCGAGUGCAUGGGGUCGCACCUCCGGUACGAGGGGAUGCGGUUCGAGGACGAGGCGCGGUGGGUGGUGGAUGCCGAGGCUGGGGUCGUGGUUGUGCGUGGGUGGGCGCGGUUUGUGGCGCGGGCUACGGGGCAGGGGUGGGCGGAGGGGUUCGUUUAUCGGUUGAGGAUUGGGGAGGAUGAGGACUCUGGGGACGUCAAGGUGAAGGAGUAUUUAGUUUGGGCGGAUACUGGGGCGGCGUAUUUGGCUUUGAGGGGGGAGUUGGGUGAGUUG